AUGUCUGCCUCUCUCCAGCUGCCGGACUCGCUCCCCACCAGCCCUUUAGAAAUGGAGUACGUGAACGACUUCGACCUGAUGAAGUUUGACUUGCGUCUGGAGGAGCGAUUCUCAGAUGACCAGCUGGUGAGCAUGUCUGUGCGCGAGCUGAACCGUCACCUGCGUGGCUUCAGCAAGGAGGAGAUUGUGAGGCUGAAGCAGAAGAGACGCACGCUGAAGAACCGUGGCUACGCGCAGUCCUGCCGCUUCAAGAGAGUACAGCAGAAACACGUGCUGGAGUCAGAGAAGAGCCACCUGGCACAGCAGUUGGAUCAGUUGCAGUGUGAACUUGCCCGAGUGUUGAGGGAGAGAGAUGCGUACAAAGCCCGCUACGAGAAGCUUGUCUCGAGCAGCUUGUCCCAGAACACAGAGACUCCUCCGGGGGGGCCAGGCAACCCCGGCCCCACCUCCCCACGGGACUACUUCCUGUGAAAAAUCAACCCCCCCCCCCAAAAUCACCUGAACUGUCUCCCGAAAUCACACGACAAAAUCACAUAACAAGAAGAGGCUCUGGGAUCACCUCGCAACCUGCCUACCUCUCUUCCUGGAAGAAAUCAGCAAAAA